AUGGUAAAGAAGAGAGUUGCAGAGGAGACGGCUGUCAAGACGAAGAAGGCCAAGAUCGAUCCAGAGCAUUCCGAGGAUGAGUCUGAAGAUCAGUUGGACGAUCUGGACUCCAACGAUUACGACGAACAGGAAGAUGAAGCAAGUGAAUCUACCAACAAUAAAGAAAACGGCGACGCUAAUAGACCAUCCAGACAGGAACAGAAAAAGCUUUUGUCGGAGAGAAAACUCAAACGCAAGUCAGGUACUCAAGUAGAGAACAUCAAACGCCUUUGGGAGAAAUUGAGGGUGAAAAAUCCUCCAAUGCCAAAAGAAGUCCGCGAUAAGCUCUGCGACGAGACAUGGGAACUAUCCAAGGAUGUGAUUGGCGAUCUUGUUUUGAAACACGAUGCCUCGCGUGUGGUUCAGACGCUUGUGAAAUACUGUUCAAAAGAGCGCCGUGAGAUCAUUACAAGAGCUCUUAAAGGCAAUUUCUACAACCUUGCUACCUCUGCUUACGGAAAGUACUUGUUGAUAAAGUUGCUGCACUACGGCUCCAAGGACUCGAGAGAGCUUAUUCUGUCUGAGCUCCAUGGAAAGCUCCGCAAACUGAUUCGUCAUAGAGAAGGUGCCUAUGUUGUGGAGGACCUAUAUGUGCUAUACGCUACCUCGAAACAAAAGUCUCAAAUGAUCCGGGAGUUCUGGGGCUCGGAGUAUGCUGUUUUCCGUGACCCGAACGACACGCGUACCAUCAAGGAGGUGUGCGCUGAGUCCGCUGAGAAAAGAGCCCUGAUUGCCAACAAUCUCAUGACAACCAUCCGUGGCUCCGUGGAGAAAGGAUCCACCGGGUUCCAGAUUCUGCAUGCCGUUAUGCGCGAGUAUGUGCAGAUAUUCGAGAACGAGGAAGUGCGCGCUUUUAUUGAGCUGUUGCAGGACCAGGUGGCCGAGCUGGUGCAUACUCCUGAAGGUUGCGAGGUCGCUUGCACUCUGGUUUCUAGGGCUAAUGCCAAGGAGAGAAAGGCCAUCUUGAAAGGCCUGAAAAACCAUGCCGAAGCAUUGGCCACGAACGAGCACGGUCAGUUUGUGCUGCAGAUGAUUUUCAUGACCGUUGACGAUACGGUUCUCGUUAACAGAACGUUUUCGGGCGCUUUGAAAGACAGCUUUGACAAGAUCAUGGUUGGCAAGUUCUCUAGAAGACCGUUUGUGUAUUUGCUCAACGGACUGGACCGUUCUUAUUUCUCACCGCUGGUCCUCAAAGACGUUGAGAAGUACACAGAAAUGGCCACUGAGACGUCCAAGAAGCCACAGGACCAGCGUCGUAAGGAGUUGCUCAAGAACUUCCUUCCUAUUUUCUACGAGACAUUUUUGCACAAGCCGGUAAUCUUGGGCGAGAAUUUGGGUGCUCAGUUUGUUCUGGAGCUUAUUCUGAACAACGAGUUUCCUGAGGAGGCACAGGAAUAUAGACAGCAAGCACUGGACAUAAUAAUCACUGAGAUGAAGCAGGAGCUUGACGAAGAGCAUCUGCUGAAUAAACCAUUCACUCCUAGACUGGUGAAGACUCUCAUUCAGGGUGGAAGAUGGAACAGCAAGGAGAAGAAAGUUGACGUGGUGGAUGGUAUCGGCAUUGGCAAGGAAUUCGCAUCUAUCUUUGCCGAGAGAGUGUUUGCAAACGGAGAAAAUGAAGACGUUCUCAAAGCGUGGAUUAACGACAACCAGGGUUGUUUUGUUCUUGUUGCUCUGUUUGAAUGUUUGAAGGAUGCCAAGAAGCACUCAUUCCCUAGGAAACUGAAGAAGAUGGACAAGCUGAUCAAGAACCAGGGCGACUCCAACAAGGGAGCACAGCUGCUGCUCAAGGUGUUUUGA